GGCAUGGAACAAUGGCCCAUCGGCCUCCACAUGUUGAUCACUUUGACCUAAGGACCCAAAAGAUGCUUCUGGUCCCCCUUCCAUCUUUCAAAUUUGUACUUGGGUAUAAAUCUGUGACUUCGAACUCUGAAUCAUACAGCACAACUUCUUGAACCAAUUCCUAUAAGUUCUUACAAUUUCUCUCAAGUUUCAACCUUUUUAUAUGAUGAAAAGAGCAACAAUGGCUUCAUUCUCUACCAAACCUUCAAAGCUUUACAAUGUUCGAUCGAUUAGUAUGCCGGUUAGGUCACAUCCAAGCACACUCAGAACCGAGGAAGAGCUGAACAAGCUCAAGGCUUUGGAGGCAGCAUUGACAUCUUCAUCGUCGCCGGCGUCGUCGAAGGCGGAUUCAAUAUGCAAAGCGCUAGGUGGGCUCAAAGAGUUAUACUUUUGCAUUGAGGAACUUCUUCAAUUGCCAUUGACACAACAGGCUCUAGCCCUUCACCAGAAAGAGAAAUGGGUUGAAGAGCUGUUGGACGGUUCUGUCACGUACUUGGAUGUUUGUGGCAACACAAGGGAUUCCAUUUUGACGAUGAAGGAAAGCGUUAGAGAUCUUCAAUCCACGCUUCGGAGAAGAAAGGUGGGAGAUUCGAGCAUCGAAGACAAUGUGAGUUCAUAUGUUCGCAUAAGAAAAAAGAUGAAGAAGGAAAUUGUGCAGUUUAUGGCAUCGUUGAAGCAAAUGGAUCAAAAAUAUGAAGCAUUUCCUUUGGAUAUAGACAACCAUCUCGCCGCGGUGGUGAGAGUCCUGAGAGAGGCAAGUUUGAUCACCAGUUCCAUUUUUCACUUCCUGUCUUCAUUCCUUUCCACUCCAAUUCUGAAGCCAAGGCCUAGCAGAUGGUCAUUGGUUUCGAUUUUGUUGCACAAAGGGGUGUUGGUUUGUGACAACAACCAACACAAAAGCAUGAACGAGCUGGAAAAUGUAGAUAUUGCAAUUAGCAACAUGCUUGUCAAUAAUUCAGGUGAAGGUUUUGAGGAUGAUCAGAAGACUCAAUCUGCACAAAGAAGGUUGGAGGUCUUGGAUUCAAGCAUUGAAGGCAUUGAAAAUGGUUUGGAGUGCUUGUUUAGGCUCUUGAUCCGCACUAGAGUCUCUCUCCUAAACAUGCUUUCUUGUUAAGAUCACACAUCGAUUAGUUUCCAUUUAUUGUACCAUAUAAUCCCAGUACCAGCAUCCGAAUUUUAAAGGAUCUACGUAUAUUCUUCUUCAUUUUUGUCGAAAUGUGAAUUCUACUGUACUUGUAGCUAAAUGUGUGUGUGUAUGUAUAUAUUUUUUUUAAAACUGAUUUUAAUACUAUUUGGUUUGAGGAACCUCUAAAUAAGUCUACGACGUUCUGU